AUGGCAUUAAAAUAUCAUCCAGAUAAAAAUCCCAAUGAAACAGAAAAGUUUAAGAGCAUUAGCCAAGCUUAUGAAGUACUAAGUGAUCCAAAGAAGAGAGAAAUUUAUGACCAAGGUGGUGAAGAAGCCAUUAAAGGUGGAGCAGGCAGCGGUGGUGGAUUUGAGUUCCAUUCUGCUAUGGACAUAUUUGAUAUGUUCUUUGGUGGCCACGGUCGACAGAGAGGUCCUAGAAAGACCAAAGAUUUAGUACAUCAGAUUAAAGUGACAUUAAAAGAAAUGUAUAAUGGAAACACAAGGAAAUUAGCUGUAACAAAAGAUGUUAUAUGUGAAAAGUGUAAAGGUGUUGGUGGUAAAGAAGGUGCUGUGGAAACUUGUCCUACAUGUCAAGGAACUGGUAUACAAGUAACUAUGAAUCGGCUUGGACCAAACAUGGUUCAACAGAUGCAGAGUGUAUGUUCAGAAUGUCGUGGCAAAAAGGAAUUAAUCAACCCCAAGCUCCGCUGUAAAGUUUGUAAUGGCAAAAAAACUACCCAGCUUAAAAAAACUUUAGAGGUCCAUAUUGAUAAAGGCAUGAAAGAUGGUCAAACAAUUCGCUUUGCUGGUGAAGGAGAUCAAUGUCCCGGUGUAGAAGCUGGGGAUAUUCUUAUUGUAUUAGAUGAACAAGACGAUAAAGACUUCAAACGGCAGGGUGAUGAUCUUCUCACUGGAUUGGAUAUUACAUUAUCAGAAGCUUUGUGUGGAUUCAGAAAACCUAUUGAAACAUUGGAUGCACGCACUCUUCUUGUUAUAACAGUACCAGGUGAAGUUAUAAAACAUGGUGAUGUGAAAUGUGUGGAAAACGAAGGCAUGCCAAUGUACCGCUCCCCAUUUGAGAGGGGUCAACUGAUAAUUCAAUUUACAGUAAGCUUCCCACCUUCUAAUUUCAUUCCUAUUGAAAGACUGUCAGAACUUGAAAAACUGCUGCCACCACGUCAACCUGUGGACAUUCCAGAAAAUGCAGAAGAGUGCACUUUAUCUGAAUUUAAUCCUAAGGAAGGCCGCAAUUACCGCAGAGGUGAAGCCUAUGAUGAUGACGAUGAUGAACACAUGGACCAUCCUCGUGUACAAUGUGCUUCCCAUUGA